AUCACUUUUGUCCUCCAGGCCUUUUGGAUUUGCGCGUUUGUGAACUGAUGCUUUCACUGAAUUUCGCCGUAAAAGUAAAUUGUCGUUAACAUACAAUACUUUGAGAUCAGCGUUCUGGACUUGUUCUUAUUGUUGAAGAAUUACGCUUGUAUUUCGCAGAUUUGAUUCAGAAAUCUAACUGCUCUGUUUGUAUACACACCUAUAUAACUGUAUGCGAGAUAUUGAGUUGUAUAAGCUUAAAUCGUUUUGCCAACAACUGCGGUUACAUCCGAAAUUUGGUAACCAUGAACUGGAAAAAUAAGCAUUUUUACUGGAUUGUCUUAUUUGGUUGCCUUCUUUGCUAUUCUCAAGCCGAAGAAACCGCCGACGAGGAUGCGGUAGUUGAAGAAUUCUUUCGCACCGACUCCAUUAAGAACGAGCCGGGAAACGCCAAGCACACUACGGAAAGCAGUGAUUACUGCGACGCCAAAAGCAGUAAAUGCGAAGCAGGAAAAACAACAACCGUACUGGAUAGCGUAAUUAAGGAUGCGACAAAAUUUAUCAAGGACAAUGCUCACAAACACGACUCCGUGCCGAAAAUGAUGGACGCAACCGGGGAGUUUCUGGUUGACCUGGGCGCGAAGUAUUUCAAGGAGUAUUCGGAGGGAAAGCUCAGUCUGGCAAGACUCGCGAAUUUAGACAAUUUAUCGCAGUUGGUCAAUAUGGCGAUGCGUAGUACUCUUCCUGGUGGCAAUCCGCUUGCGGCUAAUGCAGUCAAGUUUUUUCAGAAGUUGAUAACUUCGCUGAUGGAAUAUGGCCAGAGAACGGUUCAAAUUGGCGGGCUAGACCUGAAACCGUUUGUGGACGAAUCGCACUCCUUGUUAAAAAGCAUUGUCCCAGGCCUUGUGAUCGCAUUGCAACACUCUGACAACAACUGCAAGAAGCCGGCGCUAUGCAGAGUAGCGCGGUCUGCAUCACAGUUUCCUUCCGAAACUACGAAAUCGCUUGGCGAUCUCCUUACGAUGGCUGUGGCAACGUUUAUUGAUGCAACAUCGGACAAACCGUCAAAAAAAGAUAACUAUGUCAAAGUGUACGAAUGCUGCAGCGUACAGGAUAAAGCAAUCUUCGAUAAAUGUUCAAAGAAGUAUUUCAGCGAUGACGAAUGCACUGGACACAAAAUGUCUAAUCCAAACCUUCUCAAACCCAUACCGCUAAAUCAACUGAUGAAAAUUCUAAAGCAACUUCCGGUGCCGGCGCUUUAAGUUUUUAAAUUUAGAAUUCAUAUUCCAGUGAAUUUGCCUUCAUGAUCUCUGAUGAUUUCUGCCGUGACGCUUCGCGGUGUUCAGAAUUCCAUGAAUAUUGCAAGCCGCAGGAUAAGAUGGUACAUAAAGGUCAUGAGUGUUCAAAGUAAAUACUGUUAUUAACUGUUUGCGACUGUUGAUAUUGCUAACUGACGCAGGCCUAGGAUUGAUAAUGAUAUUUUGGUUUCGAGUUUCGUACGUUCUAGAAGUUCGUGAGAAGUGAAUUAAUUACUUUAAUUUUAUUGUGGUGAAGAGACUAUUCAGUAAAUCUAAGAACGGCAGCGCCAGCUC